AGCGAUAGCUAUGGCCGAAGCAAUGGAUCUGGGUAAAGACCCCAAUGGUCCCACUCACUCCUCCACUCUGUUUGUGAGGGGAGACGGCAGCGCUAUGUCGUUUUACGUGCGGCCCAGCCAGGCUAAGCGCCGGCUGUCGACGCUCAUCUUGCAUGGCGGCGGCACGGUGUGCAGGGUGCAGGAGCCCGGGGCCGUCCUGCUGGCUCAGCCCGGGGAGACGCUGGCCGAAGCUUCGGGCGACUUCAUCUCCACGCAGUACAUCCUAGACUGCGUGGAGCGCAACGAGAGGCUGGAACUGGAGGAUUACCGGCUGGGCCUGACCGAGCAGGCUCCGGACACUAAACCCGGGGCUUCCACCGAGGGUUCCACGGAGCCGGAGCCGCAGCCCCUGACCGGGCGCAUCGCCUACACAGACGCGGACGACGUGGCCAUCCUGACCUAUGUGAAGGAAAACGCCCGCUCGCCCAGCUCGGUCACAGGCAACGCCUUGUGGAAAGCGAUGGAGAAGAGCUCGCUCACGCAGCACUCCUGGCAGUCGCUCAAGGACCGGUACCUCAAGCAUCUCCGGGGCCAGGAGCACAAGUACCUGCUCGGGGAUGCCCCGGUCAGCCCAUCCUCCCAGAAGCUCAAGAGGAAGGCGGAGCAGGACCCGGAGGCGGCGGAUAGCGGAGAACCACAGAACAAGAGACCGCCAGACUUGCCUGAAGAAGAGCGUGUGAAGGGAGAGGCCAAGGAGAAUGAUGAAGCCGUCAAAAAGCUGUUUGAGGAAGCCUCCCGGGAGUUUGAGGAAGCUGUGGUGAGUGAGAGCCCUGACUUUGAAAUUCAUAUAACGAUGUGUGAUGAUGAUCCGCCCACACCUGAGGAAGAUUCAGAAACACAGCCAGAUGAGGAGGAAGAGGAGCCAAAAGUUUCUACCCAGGAAGUGGGAACUGCCAUUAAGAUCAUCCGGCAGCUAAUGGAAAAGUUUAACUUGGAUCUAUCAACAGUUACACAGGCCUUCCUGAAAAACAGUGGUGAGCUGGAGGCUACCUCCUCCUUCUUAGAGACUGGACAGAGGCCUGACGGGUAUCCCAUCUGGUCCCGACAGGAUGACUUAGAUUUGCAAAGGGACGAUGAAGACACUAGAAGUGCACUGGUCAAAAAAUUUGGAGCUCAGAAUGUCGCUCAGAGGAUUGAAUUCCGAAAGAAGUAACGGACAAGAUAAUGAAAAAGGUAUGGCGGAUGCUCAUAUAG